AUCCUACUUAUAAUGCAGGCACACUAACUGGCCACUAGAUGGGGCGCUGUAUGAAGUGAUGCGGGAGUAAAGGCCGGUCUCUAUGGCCUCUGUGAUCCCAACAGACUGCUAUGGCUCUCUCAGCAGCACUCAGGCUUCAGUCUCUGCGCUCUCUGGCCCCUCACUGCAAGCUCUUUGCAUCUGCUCUCCAAUCACACACACAGCAGCCAUGCCGGUCUCACCGCCUUGCUCCAACAGACGACGAACUCUAUCAGAGAACCACUGUUACCCGCCUAGAGAGAGACUCUGCGGAGUUCAUGUUUAUUGAGACUUACAGCUCACAGGGGUUCAUUAUUAAUGGGGACAAAGUAGUGGGCCCGUGUGCUGUCAUUCCGAAGGCCAUCCUGCAGUGGAACGUCGGGUCUUACAAAGAUAUCAACUUGGAGAGUCUGUCAUUGUUUCACAUGCUGUCUCCCAGGAUAGAAAUCCUAGUUGUGGGAACAGGUGACAGAGUGGAGAGGCUGGACCCCAACAUCCUAAAAUUCAUGAGACAGAAAGGGGUCGCUGUAGAGGUGCAGGAUACGGCCAACGCUUGUGCAACCUUUAACUUCCUUGUAAGUGAAAGACGAAUCACAGCAGCUGCUCUUAUCCCUCCCCAGCUGGUUCCCAAGGAUCCGUUGUAGCAACCGGACUGCUAAUCUGGGCUCAUUACAUGGACUGGUACCAGUGGAAGCCUUGCUGGGGUUUCUGGGUGUAUGAAUGGACAAGCAGGGAUGCCAGUUUGACACAGGGUAUUGAUACCUAUGGAGCAAGGACUCGUUGUGUUAUGACUAACUUUAUGCACCAUAUGCCUCGGUUUCUCUUUCACUCCUCAAGCUUAAAGGGGAAACCCGAGUAACAAUUUAAUUUUGCAGCAUUUACACAUACGCGAGUGAAGAACCCCAUGAUAUGGUCUCUUUUUACUGUUUGUAAAUUCAGGAACAUGUGUACCUCACAGAAUGGUGGACAAGCAGUCAUCCUCCAUUUUUUCUGAACAACAACUCCCAGCACUGUCACUGGGAUUCUGUAAGUUGUAAUCACCUCUGGUGGGCUGCAAGUUGCCCCUUAGUAUUUUGCAACAAAAAGCUAAAGGCAUCUGUUAAGUUCCCAUAAUGUAUUCUAUUUUAUAAGUAAAAGAGUCAUCCAUUAAUAUUAAUUUAUACAUGUUUCAGUGUUUAUUUGCAGUCAAAUGGGACAUAAAAAAUGGUAAUCAUUCAGCUUUUCCAUUCUGUGAGAUGAAACUCAUGUGGCGGUUACACAGGAUAAGGGCUUGGGUGUGAGGCAUGCUCGGGCAGCGGCAGGCACCUUCUUUAUUGGAAGCCCUCUGUAAAGCAAAGGGUGGGAUGCCCAUGCCCCUGUGCGUCUAACAGUCCUUGGCAUGAAGUCAGGCAGAUGUGGCUAAGGCAGCCCGUGGUGAUCCAUACGGCAAGCACAUGCAGUAUGUCGGCAGGCACAGUUUCUGCUGUAGGGGCAUGGCGGCAUCAGGCAAAUGGAUGGCGGCACCGGUGGCUUUAGAAUAGUCGCUUCUCGUACCUACGGCAGAAAUGGGGAAGGUUUAGAACAAUGUCUCAGUUCUUUGUAAAUAACACGGCAAUAGAAAGCAGUUUGUCUGUCCUUUACUAUUUUCUCCUCCAAUUCCCACAAUGCCUUGCACACUUGUGUUUUCCUUCUUAAGUCUGUUACAGAACAUGCAAAGCAUUGU